CGAUCUCUCUUCCGCGUGGCACUUCAACCAUUCGCUUUUUGCUGAACUUUUCAGUCGUUCUUCAAGCCAGAUAGGCGUUCCCUCACUGUGUUAGGGCAUCCGAGUUGGCUCAGCGAAUCUCCAACCAAGAUGUCAUACUCAAGGGAAGGAAGGUCUGUCUCCCCUCGAGGCUCUAUUUCACCUAGCAGACGUCAUCGUUUGAGGUCGAGGUCAUUGUCAAGGUCGAGGAGAAGUCGGUCCAGGAGUCACGAAUCUGAUGAUGCAACCAAUCCUGGGAAUAAUUUGUAUGUAACAGGACUGUCAACAAGAGUUACUACCAGUGAGGUUGAAAAGUAUUUUGGCAGGGAGGGAAAGGUUUUGGAUUGCCAUCUGGUGACAGAUCCUCACACUAGAGAAUCCCGUGGAUUUGGCUUUGUCACCAUGGAAACGAAUGAGGGUGCUGGGCGCUGUAUCAAGUAUUUGAAUCGUUCAGUUUUUGAAGGUCGAUUGAUUACUGUGGAAAAGGCAAAAAGGAAGCGUGGCAGGACACCAACACCAGGAAGGUAUCAUGGUUUAAGAGAUAAUAGACGAGGACAUGGACGUCGAAGGUCUCGAAGCCAUUCGCCUCGCCGAUGGGGGGGAGACAGGGAUCCCUACUCAAGGGGCCGGCGAGGAAGAUCACGCUCUCCAUACGGUAGUAGGAGGAUUGAUGAUAAUGACUCAUACAGGAGGCGGAAGGAACGUUCCUGGUCAGCAGGCGGUAGUCGCUACACCAGAUAGAACAAAAUUAAUUCCAUAGCAAUGUUCUUAAUGGAUGUGGGCUUUUUCUCGUGAAGUUAGGGAUUAUAGCUGUCUUUUUACUUCCCUUUUGCUGGAUGUUCCUAUCGUGUUUGUCCCUUGAAUUUACUUUAACAUUUGACGUGACUUGUUUUGAUGUAAUAUAUUUUAAAUUAGAAAUUUAUUUUA